AUGGCAGUAUGUUAUGAAGAAAUGAUGUUUCCUGUGGUGGAACGUCCAAAUUCAAUCGCCAUUCCUGACGUAAUGGAAGACAUACCUGUUGUAUUGUUGGAAGAUGAUGAGCUGUAAGUUCCUAUUAAGUUAUUUAUUACUUUGUUUAGUGGACCAGCUUGCAAGCUUUUCAGUGAAGGUAGCUAUAUUUGUCCGUGACCCUGUACUACUGCAUGUACGACUGCUUUUUUUCGCACGAUCAGUGACAUACUAAGAUAAUACCACCAAAAUUUCACUUGUGUUCAAAAUUGAUUUAGGCACCCACAUUGUAAACGGUCGCGUUCUGUGAUAUGCAUGGGCCUCGCGCGUGUAUUUGUACUUCCUACGAACAGGUGGCUUGAUUGAAGCCUGGUCAGGAUGAGGGUUGGCGUUGUGGUAGGGAAGGGGCUACGUGUGGGAACUCUGUGCUUUUGUAGUCUAAAAUAACCGCUCAGAAUUGUAAUGAACCAUUUAACGGACAUGUAGCCAAAAAUCCAGUGCAUGGUUCCUGUCCAGACCAUGGACGAAUAAUUUGCAUUUAUUGUUACAUUUAUUGUUACAUUUGUUGUUGUUGUUGUUGUUGUUGUUGUUGUUGUUGUUGUUGUUGUUGAUUUGUUUUUAGAGUCCAGUCCCCGAUUUAUCGUAACCAAAAUGAACUGGACAAUGGAGAAUUAAGUUAUGUGUCAAACUUAAAUGUACAUGCAAUGGGCUAAUAGCUGUCACUUGCUAUACACAUUAUCAUUAAGAAUAUUCAUUUAAUUAAUUUAACCAUUGGGCAUUCCCAUUAGUCCCAUUAAUUUUUAUGUUUAAUACUUUGAUAUUUUUUGAGCUAUUGUGCUGAAAGACAAACACACACACAUAGACAUACACGUACAAACGCGUAUUAAACAUUCAUGACCACCUGUCGGAGGCAAUAGUGUUAGGCCUGUUUUAUACGUUGAAUUUUGGUCGCGUCGAACGCAAUUAAGACAAUAGAUAAUGAGAUGAUAAACUUCAUUAAGCUUCAUUAUCUAUUUGUUUGAAUUGCAUUUGACGCGACUGAUUUCGACGUAUAGAACGGGCUUUUAUCUAUGUACAUUGUACAAUCAUCAAUCACAGCAAUUAAGGUUAGAAUUAUCAACGGAAAGAAGUUUUACCAACACACAUUAUGUGAUAGCUAUUUGAUUAUAAUUACAUAGAAUGAAUUGGAAAUGAAAAUGGAAACUUGCAUUCAUUUGAUUUGAUUUAGAUGAAAGAUCGAGUUUGGAAAUGUAAUAAGGUAUUUUUUUUUUUGUUGUAGGGAAUCAGAACCUAUUCUAGAUUGUAACGUUGAAAUUGCUACUGCCACACUAGAAAAUGAAGAGUCUAACCAACAAGGCAACCAGAUUAGACAAAACAAGAUUGACAAUCCAAACGUCUACCCAUUACUGGAUGACCGCUCUCUUCACGAUGACCUGCAAAAUCUUCCUGUAACCAGGUAAUGAAAGUCUUAUACACUGUCUGAAUUACAUUUCUUCCUCCAGGAAACAGGUUGGACUUUCGUCUACACAUGCGCAAGAAAUCGCGUAAGCGUGGAGUGCAUGUGAGCGCAGGUUAAUCGUGUGACUGAAUUCUUAACACAAACACCAAAUUUGCCAAAACUACUCGUGUUAUGAAGUCGUUUUCUUGUUUCUUUAAUGUUUCUACGCUCACAAUAUUAGGCAUUUUCAACUUAGAAGUGUUUGCUUUGGAAUAAGAAUGUGAAAGUAGAAAAAAACCUCAACCUCGUACCCAGGGUUUUCCCUCGUGGGGAGCGAAGACCCAGGUAGACGCUGGUCACGUGAUCUGCUAAAAUCUAGCAGAUUUCUAAUUAACUGUAUUAGUUUUCUUUACGACAAUCAUACAAAAUGCAAAUUAUAAAUUAAACUAUCAAAAUAAUCCAAAUAUCAAAUGUUUAUUUUUAAAAAAAUCUAAAAAGUCUGCUAGAUUUUAGCAGAUCACGUGACCAGCGUCUACCAGGGUCUUUCAUUUCGCCGUACAAAUAUACCUGUUUUAUAUGUAUAUCUUUUACGAAGUAAGAUAUACAAGUGCAGCUUGACCUUAUUUAAAUUCGUACCUGCCCUAUUUUUGACUCUAUAAAAACUACUUUUAUCCAUGGAGAAACUAUUUGACUAUAAAAAUAAUCUGGAAUUAUGGUGGUGAUAUAGGCUAAUUUCUUUGCAAAUAGUGCCAAAUGUCUAAUGUACUCGGUUUCCUAAUUCACAUAUAUGUAGAAGCAUUCCUUCGCUCUGUAUUUAUUAUUUUUAAGUAUAAUACAAUUUAUUUAUGUCUUUCAGAGUUCUAGAAAUCAGAAGAGUAAAUAUCAUGCAAGACAUGAUUGAGAAUUUUAAAGAUGAAUCGAUUAUGCAGAUCCACGUCAAAGUCGUUAUGAUUAAUAAAAGAAGAGUUGGGCGUUGA